ACGUGCGGCGGUGAGGCGGCGGUGGCGGUGGCGGAGCAAGAGGUGGAGAAAAUCGGCAACGUGGAGGAGGUGGUGCUCGUCAGCCAGGUGGUCAUCUACGAAGGAGCAGCAGCCUUGCUUCGGCUCCUUUACGGGCCAACAUGAGACGUUCGUGGACACUUGUCGCGGCGAUAGCCCUGGCUGCGUCGGGGCUGGUAAGUGGCGGUUACCACGAGAAGCGGCUGCUGAACGACCUGCUGGACACGUACAACGUGCUGGAGCGGCCGGUGAGCAACGAGUCCGAACCCCUCGUGCUGAGCUUCGGCCUCACGCUCAUGCAAAUAAUCGACGUCGACGAGAAGAACCAGUUGCUCAUUACGAACGUUUGGCUGAAACUGGAAUGGAACGAUGUGAACAUGAGAUGGAACGUCUCGGAUUAUGGAGGUGUGCGAGAUCUCAGAAUACCGCCACAUCGGUUAUGGAAACCCGACGUUCUUAUGUAUAACAGCGCCGACGAGGGCUUCGACGGCACUUAUCCGACGAACGUCGUCGUGAGGAACAAUGGGACCUGCUUGUACGUGCCGCCCGGUAUAUUCAAGAGCACUUGCAAGAUAGACAUUACUUGGUUCCCCUUUGACGAUCAGCGCUGCGAGAUGAAAUUCGGCUCCUGGACGUACGACGGUUUCCAGUUGGACCUGCAACUGCAGAACGACGGGGGUGACAUCAGCAGUUUCAUCACCAACGGCGAGUGGGAUCUGUUAGGGGUACCCGGUAAGAGAAACGAGAUCUACUACAAUUGCUGCCCGGAACCGUACAUAGACAUCACCUUCGUCGUCAUCAUCAGGAGGCGCACACUCUACUACUUCUUCAACUUGAUCGUGCCAUGCGUCCUGAUUGCCAGCAUGGCCGUUCUCGGGUUCACGCUGCCACCCGAUUCCGGCGAGAAACUCUCCCUCGGGGUGACCAUUCUCCUGUCCCUCACUGUGUUCCUGAAUAUGGUUGCCGAGACAAUGCCAGCGACGUCCGACGCCGUGCCGCUUUUAGGAACGUACUUCAAUUGCAUCAUGUUUAUGGUGGCCAGCAGCGUAGUCAGCACGAUCCUUAUCUUGAACUAUCAUCAUCGAAAUGCUGACACUCAUGAAAUGUCUGAAUGGAUUAAGGUGGUUUUCCUGUACUGGCUGCCCUGCCUACUUCGUAUGUCAAGACCAGGACCAGACGAAGACAAGGAAGUACAAAAGUCUCAGAAGCCAUCUCCGGUCACGGGUGCAAGUAAGUCAUACGGCGACCUAGAGCUUCACCAGAGGAGUAGCAAGUCGCUUUUGGCGAACGUCCUGGACCUGGACGACAACGCGCUGGCGUCUCACAACAAUCUGUUGAACAACGUGUACAGCACGCCUGGGCCGCACCAUGCGCACACCAUGGGCCAUGGCCAUAGCCACAUACACACGACGCCCCAUCAUCAUCACAGCCACGCGCCCACGACGCCGCAUCAUCAGCACGCGACGCCGCUGCCGCAUUCAUCGUAUCCUGGCCACCAGAUCUCGCACACGCCGCACCAUCAUCCGCAUCCGCAGGACGCGUCGACGCCGCAGGUCGAGACGAUACUCCAGAAUGCGUGCUUCUGCGCCCGUUACGAGCUUGUGCUAAUCCUGAAGGAGAUUAAGAUAAUAACGAAUCAGCUAAAGAGCGAAGAGGAUAACACGAAGAUCACGAACGACUGGAAGUUCGCGGCGAUGGUGAUCGAUAGGAUGUGCCUAAUCAUUUUUACUCUGUUCACCAUCAUCGCUACCAUCACCGUCCUGCUGUCGGCGCCGCAUAUUAUCGUCACGUGAUUCAGAAAAGCCAGUCUGCCGCCGGUGGUCCCGGGGCCGACGAGGAUUGCACGCCGGAUCCCAGCAUCAACGUCGCCGUCUUCGUCGACAGGCACCGCGCGCGACACCCCUCUGGCGAGGGGGCGCCAGCCUUUCCCGUUAACCGGAUACCGCUGGACCGGGCUCGAGGUUGCACGUCUUCGGGUUCGUACGCCGCUUCGUUUCGGAGACCUGCGCGUUAGGAAGAAAGCAAUACGGGGAAUAACUUCGUUUCUUUAUGAUAUACGACAUAACGGUUACGGUAAAAAUGAGGAUAACAACACUAUCGAUAAUGAGAGUAACGAUAAUAGUACUAAUAAUAAUUACGUAUUAAUAAUAAUAAUAAUAAUAAUAGCGACGGGGUAAAAACUUUAUCGUGUAAUUAUCCCGCGAGGACGCCUUAGCGAAACACGUUGACACACACGUUUCUAGACGGCGCGAGCACGCGCGCGCGAGAGCGAGGGACACGUACACUGGUUUGUUACACGCAUCCCUGAGAGCAGUCGACGUAACGAGCGCCCUGUAUAGUCGAGACGUUGCAUUUUCUCGAAUGAAUUAUGUAAACUGUUGGAAUUCUGUUCUGAGAUGUUCAAUAACGUGUUUUCGUGGUGGUAGCGUAAUCAGUCGAAAAGAUAUUCGACUCUGUCCUCUGCGACUACUGCUUGGGGAUGUACCACACAUACAUGUACACACGUACACGUAACGUCAUGCGAGCGACGAUAAGCACGGGAGUGCGAUUUGCUAAUUAUUAAAGACACUCUGUUGCGGCUCAAAAUUAACGUUGACGCAGAAAUCCCCGAAUGUAUCCUGUGAGGAUCGACGCGUUGCGCGAGGAUCAAGAAUGUGAGAAGAUUCGAUACAGUUUAUUCGUAAUGUUGUUUCGCGGAUUUGUGAUUUAAAAGUGUAACUUUGGUAUUGUUUAAGAAGACACAAAUUCUGAAAAAUGUGAAUCUCAAAAGAAUAUAAAAUUAAAAUAUAUAAAUAUUGAAUUGACUGAAAAGCUCUUGCGAAUCUCUUUAGCAAAAUUUAAAUGUACACUUUUGUAUUAAGAAUUAAUACAAAUAAUAAAUUGAAGUAUAAAAAUACAAUAAAUCGGAAGAUAUAAAUCGUAGCAUGCAAGAAUGUGGAAACACAAAUAUGGAAAAGCUAAAAUUCCAGAGAAACGUGAUAGAUAAUUGAUCGAGUUUCACAAAGUUCGGGGAUUGCUGUAUGCAUUAAUAAGAUUAAUAUGGGUUCUCGUUUACGAGAUGCGGAGAGAGGCGCCCGAGGAUGCCGGCGAUGGGCAGCGGUUCCUCCGACCAUAUAAAACGAAGUGAUGAGCGAAAGAAAGGUAGAAAGAAAAAUCUGCGACGAGGAAGAGAGAAAGAAAAUACGAAGGACAAGACAACGGGCUUUAAAGGGGGUAUCGAGUAAAACGCACACGUUACACUCUCAGAAUACACACGACGAACUGCCAAGGUGAUUCAAAUAAUGCCAGUGAAUUUUCUUAUCCGUAUCAUUAGCAUGUAAAAAAAAAUCGACGACGACUUAAUAAACGGGGGAUUUGUACUACGAUUUAAGCGGCGGCGACAUAACACGCAAAUACUUUCUCGAAUAGGGUCGCGAGUACAGUUUCCGAGGGACAACGCGGGAUGAGGAAGUGAACGGCGGGAGGGAAAUGAGAGGGGCAAUUGUGGAUAACUUCCGCUUGCGGGAGCUGUGCAAACGAAUUUUCGUGCGGUUUCGAGCGACGUACUUUCUUUCCCUGGUGUCCGCGAACGCGUGCAAAUCGUUUCAUCGUUGAUCCGCAUUCUCGUCGCGCUACAUUUAGCGCUAAAUGCAAUUGGCCGAUCAUUGUUCAUGCACCGCGGGAUGCAUCGCGAGCGCGAACGCGAGCUCGAUAUUGAACGCGCGUAGCGGAAUGUUAAAUGCGACUGAGCGUUAAGCAUAGCUUUUUACUUGUACGUUUCACGAGAAGCAGACAGACUAAUAACUUUGCAUUUAACACGUUGAAGUUUCGAGUUCGUCGGGAAUCGCAGAGCGAGACAAAUGUGUGCUUAUCGUUGGAUGUGCGCUGAGAAAACGAAUCAUUGUCUGUCGCAUCUAAACGACAUGCUGAACGUGGAUUUACACAGUUGUGCUUGUACCUUCUAUACACGCAGUAACACGAUACACGAAUGCGACAUCCGCGUAUCUUUUUGUCCGACGCAUCAAUCUUUCCCUUCCCUAUAAUGAUCCCAUUACGGAGAUCGUUAUCGCGACAGCACCGUACUUUCCUUCUGACGUUGAAAAAUCGUUCCGGAACGCAAACGUUAAGUGUGGGCCUUUGUCUCUUCUAUUACAGAAAAGAAAUGUGACUUCAACGUCUUGUUAUUGCCUCUUUAGAAACGUUACUUCGAUCUUCUAUCUUCUGUGCGAAAUGAAUAUUGCGACACCAGACACCGUGAUCAACAAGUUGGCUCCUCACGAUUGAUAUUUCUGCAACGCGAGAAACAAACGGCGAACAUGACUUUAAUUUCACAUGCGAAAAUUAUAACACACGCCACGUUCUCAGCAUAUUCACGAGUUGCUCGAUAGUCGCGGUAGAGAAUCGCGGAAGCGACGGAGUCGAUUAGUCACGCUAGAAAGAGGAAAAGCAACGGCGACAAAGAAAGGAAGUUGCUCUUGCUCAUGGACUCAGACUCGUAGGCAGACCCGUCGACGAGACAAGAAGACGGACUCGCGUCUCGUAUUAUAGAUUUUUUGGUCAUCGGACACGCGACAACCAAUCACGUUAUCUUUCAAAUACUAUUAAAGAUUAUUAAACUAAUGAAUCGUUGUUGAAUCAUGUUGUGCGGGCGGUAUUACGCGUAGAAGUGAAGUAAAACCACAAGACGGUGUUUUGAUCUCUAGCGCGCGACAAAAAUGAUAAAAAAAAAGAUGGUAAAGAGAGUAACGUCGAGUUGUAUUAAACUUUAAGAGAGGUGUAGAAUACAUUACAUAGAUGAGAAGCGCGGUUAAUCUACUCUAAGUGUCACUAGUUAACAAGAAAUCAACAGGAAAUAAUAAUUCGUUAUAAAAAAUGAUGUGUAGUUCGAGACAUCGACAUUGCAACGCCGGCACGAUCGUCCUUUUUAUGCGAUAAAAAUUAACAGCAGAGUCGAUUAGCCUCCGUUUGAUCUGGCAGGAUAAUGACGCGCCUCAUGAAUGAGACACGUGCUAAAUUGAAUCAGUGUCUUGGAGCAACGAACAGUGCAAUUUUGAAAGCAGAAAGAAGCACGUAAAAAGAGAUCGUUUUCUGCAAUAAAGAGAAUUUAUUUUAUAAAAUUUGAAAAGGUCGUAAACUUUUUAGCACAUGAAUUUAUUUUUCUUAGAAUACAAAAUUAAAAUAAUCUUCCUUUACUUUCAAACUGUGAGAAAUGCAGUUGAUUGCAUUUCUAAAGGAAAUUAAGGAUAUAAAGCGGAGGUUUCUCGACGCUCGAGUAAUUUUUGUCGCCACGUGGUAGGACGUCCGGCCCUAUCGUUCCUUUUUACGUGCGUUUGCUGUAGUUCAAGUUGGUGGAAAGGCAAUUAGCAACGCCAAUUUAUUGCGAUUGCGAUUAAGGGCACGUAGAAGUGCGCCGUUCAUUGUCACAGAGCACAUAUAGAGAUAUGUGGUUAAACUUCACGUUCCCGUUUUGUCCACUCGAAGGCUUUUCUUCUUCGUAAUGACAAAUAUGUCUUCAAGAUCGCGACACAAAUGGGAUUAUUAUUUCUUAGUGACACAAUCAAUGUCUUCAAUAUCUUUAAUCAGUGAAACACAUUCUCUUGAAGUAUAGCCACAUUUGAAUCAUUCGGUACAUGAAAAAAAAGAAAUUAUCUUUAUUGCUAUGCAUCGCGCCGAAAGUAGGGUUUCCUUUAAUGGAGCCUUCGCUUGUUCGCUCGGAUUUAACCGUAAUUGUUAUACACGAGAUGCGUGUAUCAGAAUCGAUCGCAAUCGAUUAUAUCGCAAGUGUAAAAUUAAUCUAGAAGCGAUGUAUAUGGAGUACGAGUCCUAGUACGUUACGGGUAUCAAAAAGUCGGCGAAACGAAAGCGUGAUCUUAAUGUAUAAUCGAGAUUUAACGAUUAGAUAGCGAAAAACAAUUAACAAUACGUACUACAGUACGCAAUACUGUACGACUAUACUUGUUCUAUGAUUAUACUUGUAAAUGUGUAUUUAUCACAUAUCGUAAUGUGUGAAAUUCACGUCGAAGACAGAAAAUUGCUCACUGUAAUUCAUCGCUAACGCGUGCGCGCACGCGAAUGCGAGCGCGCGACUGCUGGUUUAUCUUCCUAUAAAUUAAUAAGCGCACCGCGAGCGAGACGGCGAGAACAACCGUUUUUCCCUUUAUGCGAGAGUUAGUUAGAAUAUCUUCACAAUGAGAGACGUAGAUAACGAAACGCGACGUGAGAUUCCCUGUACCAUAGGAUGGCGCACGAAUUGACGUACAAGCAAAUCAAAACGAGUGUAACAUAAUAGCACGUAUAUGUAAAAUAAUAGCCAAGUAAUUAAACCAGAAACCUACGGUUAUAAGUGAGAUAAAUCCGACACUUGUACCAGGACGCUGAACGCGAGAAGCUUUUCGUCGCCACGGUGCAAACUCGACUGAUUCUACGGUACACGGAAUUUGAUGCUCGCGUAUACGAUUACGCAAACGUUAUUAUACUACUUAAUAGACUUCUUUCCGCGACCUUCUCGAUUUCCGCGAUGAGAAAUCGAAAGCAGGAUUAUUGCCAUUGGGAAUACUUGCCGAGAGAUUCACAAGGAUCAGCGUGAAAAAUUCUCAAAUAUCGGAACUCGCGUAAAAAUGAACUUCAAAUUCAGGCAGGACAUGACAUUAUGUAAGUUCGCGCAAAAGUUUCCACCUCCUUGAACUUGAUUUGGACAGUGCUCCACGAAGGUAACGCAGCAAACGUACUCGGGUAUGUGAUUCGCCGCUUUCGUACUCGAGAACAAUCGCAAUGAAUAAUCGUAAGUCCGGCUACAUUUAUUAAAGAUGUAUUGAAUUAAAGAAGCAUUGGAUGUUUGGUAUGUUCAUAAUUUAUUUUUUAGAUAUAAAUUUUGCGACUUUAAAAGAAAGUUUUUACGUUAUUAUCUUAGAUUGUUCUUAUAGUUUAUUAUUACUAUAUAUAAAUAUUUAAAUAAUUAAUGUAUAAUAUGUAAAUUGGCGAUAUUAAAUGUGCGCUUAAUUAGACAGAUUACUAACUAAUGACUAUGCAGUUUUAUGUACAGAAAAUCUAAUGCUCCUUUAAUUUAAUAUAAGACACUUUCCCUCUGUUUGAUUUUUUAAUUUUAAUUAAAUUAAUGAUAAUAAUGUUAACUUUUGUCAGAAAAAGAUAAAUUCCAUAAAAUUUUAAUUAUUUUUAGGUUGCAACCAAUUUGCAUAAUAUACUCGAUCCAAAUUUAUAUGGCUGAACAAACAGAUUAAUAAGCUCCCCAAGUUUCCUGUCGCAUUAAUUUAUCGCAAUAAUCAAAGUUAAGACGAGAGCGGCAGUAGCCAAUGAAAUUUCCGUACAAAACUGAACGUUUCAAGCAAAUGAGUAAGAGAAAGACUAAGAGAACAGAAAUGAGAAGAAAUAAGAGAAAAGGAAUAAAUAAAAUUGGCAUUAUAACGUGACUUGCGCCUUCAAAACCGACAACAACUCAGCUUGAUACGCGCGAGGCUGUUAUAUAAACUAUAUAGUAUCUUGUAAUAAAAAAUAUUAAUGAUAACUUUAGCGAUAACGAUUAACGGUAAUGAUAAAUGAUAAUAUUGCUACUACUAAUAUAAUAACAAUAAUAAUAUUAAAACGUAUUAGUUAUGAGACUUUUCGCCUGUACGAGAUGUUGAAAUCUCCUUUCUACGACGUUAACGUAACGAUUAAGUCAACUUUCGCGAAUCGAAUCGUUUCGGAUUAACGAGUAGGUGCGAGGGGCAUGAAGGGAGAGAGAGAGAAACAUUAAAUAUAAAUAUACGAGUUAACUAAAGAAGGUUGAUAGGCUCAUAGGGUACCGUAGUAGUGCAGAUGUACAGGGUGAUGGGAUGAAAAAGAUAUUCGGCAAUGUGUUGAGCGAUCUUUCGAACGUCUCACUUCCGUCGAUCAAUGUGAAGGCACAAGGAAUAGUGGAACAAGGAACAAUAGUA